AUGGCGGCAGUCACUCAGCCAAUCUCUCCGGCUUCGAGGCAGCCGUUCGCUGUGUUGAGCGACACGCGCCUUCGAGCCGUGGAGAGCGCGAAAAACCACCAAAAUGGACUACGGUCCUCCUCUCUCAAGCGUCCACUUGACGUUUCUGAUCUCUCGGAUGCCGAAAACGUGGACCCGGCAUCUAUGGAAUCUCCAACCAAACGGUCAAAGCUCCAGUUAAGCAGUGGAAUGCCCAAAUCAAAGGCUCAGUCUGCCCGCCAGCCGUCAUCUAUCACUGCAGAAAAUACGGCUAGGUCGCUCGUGUCCACCCCAGUCCUUCCACGUGCUCUAGCUACAUCGACUCCGCGGUCGGCUCCAUUGCGUGCUGCGGCCGGCCGUUCUCCAAGGUCUAAAGUUGCAAAGACGUUUGCUCGUCGAAGCGCUGGGUUUUGUCGCGUGGAUCCGCGAUCGUUUUCAAAGCGUCAUGCAGGCCGUGCUCCCUUUUCCAUCUCAGAUGCCCUUGCCGGCACAUUCAGUUUAACCUCUUUCAACGCCGAAAAAUCCAAGUCGGGCAGUGGCAGUAGCCGCCGGAAAGCCUGGGAUUUUGAAAUACACGUUGACAGCGAGCAAGAUGAGAUGGCGAACUUGAUGGAGCAUGGAACUUGCAUGCUCGACAUUAGCGACGACGAGUCCAAGGGAAAAGAUCUGGAGCGGGAGAAAGAAAACAUCCCACCGCCUGAUUUUGCUUCUCAAGUGACUCCUCUUGGAAUGCCCUCGCGUGCCUUCUCAAGUCCCGACGAAAUGACAGAUGGACCCCGUUCUCCUCUUGGUGAACUUGACCCUAAAGACUUUAUUCCCGAGGGAGAAGAUGCUUCCACUUCUGUGAUACAGAUUCUUGAGGACGAGGAAGACGAUCUCAAUCCUUCCGGCACUUCAUCGACUAGCUCCGAGGCACCCCCGGCUCGCAGAGUUAGUUCAACUCCACAACAAGCAGCUUUACUAAAACAGGCAGUUAUCUCUUCCCUCAUCAAAAGCACCACUCCUGUUACCUCUUCUAGCAAGAUGCCGAAUACGCCUCAGGAAUCGGCAUCAUCGGCCGUAGAGACUGAAACUGAGGAAACCGCUAGCCCGGCUGGUAAAACUGCUGAAAGCGAUGGUAGCCCCAGCAGAACUGGCCCGCCUGUAGCACCUAGUACAACCUAG